UUCCGCUUCCGCCCCAGUCGGGAUUUUCGUCCGCUCUGCAGGAAUGUGUGGUGGAGAUGCUCGGGCCGGUGGAGAGGGAACAGCCGCACCUUCCUGCUGACAGAUGAACCGUCGACCGGCGGCGGCCCGUGCCUGAGGGAAGCGGACACACACGCGCAUCCCACCCGUCCCGUCACCGCGCUUUCCCGGACUCCCCUGACCGAUAGAUCGACUGACUGAAGCGGCUCCUCCUCAUGGCGAAAAACACCCUGUCCUCACGGUUCCGGGGAGUCGAUAUCGACGAAUACGACGAGAAUAAAUUCGUGGACGACCAGGACGAGGCGGCCGAGCAGCAGGGACCGGACGCGUGCGAGGUGGACGAUCUCAUCAGGCAAGGGGACAUGAUGACAGCAUUUCACAUCGCCUUGAGGAAUCCACCAAUCAACUCCAAGAAUCCAGCAGUGAAAGAGCGGGCACAGGCAGUGGUGUUACGAGUGCUGACUGCAUUUAAAAGCAGCGAUAUUGAGCCAGCGGUAAAGUCUUUGGACAAGAACGGAGUGGAUCUGCUGAUGAAGUACAUCUACAGAGGCUUCGAGAAGCCCACAGACAACAGCAGUGCCAUCCUGCUGCAGUGGCAUGAAAAGGCUUUCGCUGUGGGGGGCCUAGGGUCCAUUGUACGAGUGUUAACUGCAAGAAAAUCUGUCUGAGAAGCCGGAAGAAAUGGAGUGUUAACCAGCCACGGUAUUUCUUAGACAUGGACAACUUCCUCUCUCACAACUUAACCUUAUCUG